AUGCUGAUUCCUAAGUCAGAGCGCCAGAAGAUUCACACUUACCUCUUCAAGGAGGGAGUUGUUGUUGCCAAGAAGGACUACAACCAGCCCAAGCACGAUGAGAUUGACACCAAGAACCUCUACGUGAUCAAGGCUCUCCAGUCGCUUGACUCCCGCGGAUUCGUCAAGACCCGAUUCUCGUGGCAGUACUACUACUACUCUCUCACCGAGGAGGGUAUCGAAUACCUGAGAGAAUGGCUGCACCUUCCCGCCGAGAUUGUUCCUGCCACACACAAGAAGCUGGUUCGCGCUGCUCCCCCUACCACCGGCCGAAGACGAGGAGGCCCACCGAAAAAUGGGAAAUUGGGAGGUGGUACUACUCCGGGAGGAAAUGGGGGUAGAGCGCCAUUAGGAAGAGGUGGUAGUCCUCCCAUGAAAGGUGGAUAA